AUGGCCCCACUUUGCUAUCGCCUGGCUGAUAUACCUGGACUUCGCUUCAGUGUGUAUGCGGACGAUGUCACAAUAUGGACUAACGGAGGCUCCGACGGCGACCAGUCCGAUGCCAUUCAAACCGGACUCGACACCAUUGCCACAUUUCUGAAGGAGGUCGGACUCACACCUUCUUCUGACAAAACUAACUUCGUAAUACUGGGCACGAAGGCAGCCCGUUCUGCCUCGCAAUUUUCGUUCACCUUUGACGGUGAGCAAAUAACUCAGCAAGACAGUGUUCGAGUUCUAGGCAUCUACAUCGAUGCAGAUGGUGGUGCAGCAACAUGGCUUCGCAACAUCACUCGGACCUGGCAUCAGAUACUCCACCUAAUCCGCCGCAUCGCGUCCAAGAACUGGGGCCGUGAGGAGCGAACUCUCCGUCGUCUCGUGGCUGCUCUACUAAUCUCACGUGCUGUAUAUGGCUUUAACUUCUACAAUCUUACCCAAAAGCAACGCAAAAAACUGGAAUCGCUCAACCACGAAGCCAUCAGGGUUGUCACCGGCCUGCCGCGUUUCACACCCUUACACCGCCUUGGCCAAAUGGCCCAGAUGAAUACGAUCGAGGCAAUAGCCGAGGCUGCGAAGCAUUCACAACAGUUCCGACUAAGAGCCACGAUAUCCGGUCGCAGCAUCCUUUCGCUUCUUCAUCUGCCAGUCCCCUCAGCGGCCUCUGCCCUCCUUCCCUGCUCCGUGGGACUGUCCCCUGACCGGGACUUUGCACCGAUUCCCCAAAACAUGAAUGCCGAUCACGCAGAGAGGCAGUUGUCUUACGCAAGGCGGCAUGAGGCAAAAGUUCGCGACGCUCCUCCCCAUCACCACGCUGUCUACACCGACGCCGCCCUCAGUGACGAAGCUUCAACCGUAGCCUACUAUUGCCCACGCACCGCCACGGCCUACUCCUCCUGUCGUCCUGCCUGCAACGACCCAUUAACGGCGGAACUGGCUGCGAUAUCCGCUUUAUGCGACGCCGUCUUCAAGCCUCCUUUCGCAGCCUUCACUCAUCACACAGUUUACACAGACUCGCAGGUCUCCAUAAAGGCCUGCGCCCGGCUGGACUCGCGCAAUGGUGCUGUUCACUCAACACACCGGGCGAUCCCAAUCGCCGACGAGGCUGGCCACACUGUCCGCCUCGCAUGGGUAUCAGGUCACGCUGGGGUCACUGGCAACCGAAUGGCCGACUCUCUGGCAAGGGAGCUUCUUUCCUGCCCCUCAGAGAGGCAGUCCACAAGUGCAUGA